AGACGCGAAACAAUCUUCCAACAUCAUUCGAGUAUCGAGCAGAACAACAAGUACACAUCAACUAUCCUCAAUUAUCAACAUGAAGUGCAUUGCAGCAAUCCUUCUUCUGGCUUUGGCCGCCGUCGCUUUAGCUGAAACAAAGCCAGUGGAAGUGGAGAAGACCCAAGGAGCAAAACAAGUGGUGUCUGGACCGGAAGUCGAAAAUUCAGUUGUGUCAGGGAGAAGUAAGAGAGGAUACGUUCUAAGCGCAUACAGCGCUCCAGUUGCGUACAGCGCAUACACAGCACCAGUUGCAUACAGCGCAUACACCAAUUAUCCCUAUGCGUACUCGGCAUAUUCAUCUUACCCUUACUACGCAUCUGGCUACAGUGCACCCUACUAUUACGUCUAGACAACAAUCUUUUCAUGGCUAUCAAAAAAGAAAAAAAUAGAAAACAAAAUUUAUCAUUUUUUUCGCAUUGAUUAAUGAACAAGAAACAUCCGGCAAGAAAUCAUCAUUUCUCAGUUAUAUCGCACACGAGUCAAUUUUCCCCUUAUAAAUAAGAUUCAUUGAAAAUUUUUUGAUAAAAAUAAUUGCGGACUAUGAGAAAUAAAUAUAUAAAGAAUGUAAAUGCAGAAAAGAAGGAAAAAAGAAAAAUACUAACGAAAAUAGAACACACUGUAUAUUGAAAAAUAAACAUUUAUCUCCUAUA